AUGGACGUGGCCGAAUUCGUCGACUCGCUCUUGCAACGGGUUAUUCAUAUGGAGCCGCUGCACCGCAUGUUUGCCCUUUGGAUAUUCUGUCUCGGAGGCAUCCUCAUGGCGGUGCAAGCAUCCCAAGCCGGCGAACCUAACGGAUUCCAAUGGACCAGGUUGACUCCUGAACGAGCUCCUUUCUGGUUCUCGCUCUACGUUCUCGAAGCCCUCCUGUUCGUCACCGGCGCGUACCCCGUUUUCAAACAAAAGAUGAGCAACUUCUUCUUGUUCGGCGGCCACGAGGAGAAGAUCUUGAACGGCCUGUGGGUCGGCCUGCUGGGGCUCGAGUUCCUCAUGGUCGUCAGCGCUACCUUUUUGACCAUCUCGCGACGUCUAAAAGGCGCGCCCAAGCAGAAGACGCAGUAG